GCUCGCAAGAGUACAAACUCGUCGACAGGACCCGAUACACAGUUCUGGUGUGACAAAGGGUGCUCGUGAUACGGAGGCGCUCCCGAGCCGCGUGCCGGGUGUCGCAUAGUGCGAAGUGUCAUCGCGUUCAGAAGUUUUCUUCACCAUAUAUAUCCUCGUUAUCGUCGUCAUAAAUGACAACCACAAUGGGUCGUCGUGAAAUUAUAUUCUCGCUGAUUUGGUGUUUGUUGUCGUUUCCGGCGUCUUUUACCGAGAGACUAUCCCCGGAUCAAAAGGCACCACAGUUUGCACGCGGCUCCGGCGGCCUGAUCCUAAAACCCCCUUUCGAGGACGAGCAGAGAGCAGCUGCGGGUCGGUCGAUCACUACGAACGUCAACGAAGACGAGAUCCAACGAGAGGAGAUUGCCACCCUGAAGGACGUAGAUGGAGAACUAGUCCGAGUGGUGGAGGGAUCCUAUUCUUACAAGAGUCCCGAAGGAAUCCCCGUUUCCGUUCAUUACGUCGCUGACGAGAACGGGUACCGGGCUGGAUUUAGAAUAGGAGCCGCUGCAACUGGCGUGAUGAGAGGACCUCGCAUCGGACCCCUGAAACCUGCUGUCGGAGAGCCUUACAUCGGACCUCUGGGGCCAGGGCCAGGCACUAUGUAUCUGCCGUCAAACCCGAACACUGAUCGGAGUUAUUUACCGCCUCAAUGAAGGCUGACCUGAACACGCUUCCGUUUUGUGAGCAUGAUGGUUGAUUAAGCAGAAGCUCUGCGCUAUCGACAAUAUUUCUCGCAGAAAGCUGGAAUAAUUUUCUCUGUACAGAAAUACCACGAGUGGUCUUUAAAAUACGUUUGAAUUAAUUAAAAAAGAAAACAAGAUUGAAGGGUACAUGACAGAACCUCAUAUUUCGGCUAAUUUCUAUCAUUUGUUUUUGACAAUCUUGACGCUUGUAUAUAGCUUAUUGAGAUAUUUAAUUCGAGAAUCUAUUACACACGCACAAACGCGCGCGCACACACACCUACACAUACACAUAAAUUUAUGUGUAAAUAUUUAAAAAAAGAGAUUAAAAAUUUUUUUAGAUUUAAUAAGCUUUUUCAGAAAUAGAAUAACAAAUCUUAAAAUAUUUCAUGUACCAAAAAGUCUAGAGAAGAUGUAAACUUUCUCACAAUCAGUACCUCUGAAAAAUAUUUCAAUUUAUACAAAAAAAUCUGAAAAAGUU